AUGCUGGCCAAACAGUUUUGGCAGUUAAUUCACAAUCCGUCGUCUUUAAUGGUCCGGGUGAUGAGAGGAUGGUAUUUCAGGAACAAACAUCCUCUUAUGGCAAAUAAACCGAAUAAUCCUUCGUUUGCCUGGCAGAGUAUUUAUUCAACUAAGGGAUUGGUGGAACAGGGAGCGCGAUGGGCUGUAGGUUCUGGUUGUUCCAUCUCGGUUUGGCGGGAUCCAUGGUUACCGGAUAUCCGUCCAAGAUCUGUGAAUGGUAGGGGGAGGUUUUUACUCCCGAGUUUGAUGGUUAAUCAUUUAAUUAAUCCAGUUAUAAAGGAUUGGCAUUUGCCUAUUCUAGAGGAGUUCUUUGAUCCCGUGGAUAUACCACUUAUUCAGAGUUUUCCGGUUAGUAAAACUUCUCAACCGGAUAGAUUAUUAUGGCAUUAUACUAAGUCAGGCAAGUAUUCGGUUAAGUCAGGUUAUCGGUUAGCCCGGGAAUUAAUAGCGGAAGUGGAGUAUGGGCCAUCGUGCAAACGGCUCGCGUAUCGGGGAGUUCGUUGUGAUGUUUUGUGUAAGCGGUGCGGUUUGGCGAUGGAAAUGGAGACUAUUAACCACGCACUUUUUGUUUGCCCCCGGUCGUGCAGUAUUUGGGAGUUGGAACCAGGAGGUUUUCCAUAUGCCUCUAUUUAUGCGAAUUUAGAUUUCAAUUUUUGGAGGGCGUCUUCUCAAGCCGGGGCUUCUGAUAUCAUCUCUUCUCUCCCCUGGAUUUUAUGGUCACUUUGGGAAAACAAGAAUAAAAAGGUUUUCCAGGGUAUUGAGCUAGAGCCAAUUGAGAUUAUAGAUCAGGCGGCAACUGAUAAAUUAAUUUGGGAGGAAGCCAAAUCUUAUACAGUGAGCAACCUCCUCCCUCCACCCUUAGUGGAGGAGAGGGAUUCUUCUAUUUGUUGUCAGGUUGAUGGUUCAUGGAAAGGAACGGACCCUUUUCAGGGUUUGGGUUGGUGGUACUGCAAUGGAGAUGAUGCCACGCUUCUUUUGGGUGUUCGGAGUCUCAGACGAGGCCUUUUCCCCUACAUACAGAAUUACAAGCACUGA